ACAAUAUAGUAAUUACCAGCCAUCCUCAUCAUAAAAAACCACGGAACGACUUCAAUUCACUCACUACUCACUAGAACUCAGUUCCUAUUUUGUGUGCUCUCGCAUUUACUUUUUAUCUUUUCUUCUGAUUCCACAUAAGGGUGCCCUGAGAACACAUAUCACUAUGGUGAAGGCCGUUGCAGUCCUCAGCAGCAGUGAGGGAGUUAGUGGCACCGUCUACUUUGCGCAAGAAGGAGAUGCUCCGACAACAGUUACUGGAAACCUGAGUGGCCUUAAGCCUGGACUUCAUGGCUUUCACGUCCAUGCUCUAGGUGACACCACGAACGGUUGUAUGUCAACUGGUCCUCAUUUUAAUCCUGCGGGAAAAGAGCAUGGUGCUCCAGAAGACGGGAUUCGUCAUGCUGGCGAUCUCGGUAACGUCAAAGUUGGUGAAGAUGGCACCGCUACUUUCACUAUUACUGACAACCAGAUUCCUCUUUCUGGACCACAUUCCAUAAUUGGAAGAGCCGUAGUUGUCCAUUCUGACCCUGAUGAUCUUGGAAAGGGUGGCCAUGAACUGAGCAAAAGCACUGGAAAUGCUGGUGGGAGAGUUGCUUGUGGAAUAAUAGGGCUUCAGGGCUGAAUACCCUUGCGCUGUCCCCGUUGUGCUUUGGGUGACAACUUGGUUUUCACUCGAGAGAGUUUGUAAUAAAGUGCUGUUGGAAUUUCCGUUUUUCUUCGUUUAUGUAAUUUUAUCUUUGUAUACUGUCUUCUGAAUCUGGUGUUUAACUAAGUAUAUUGCCCUUCAUGCGUAUGAGAGUGAAAUAAAUUGGUCAUAAUGACAUCUUUUUCAUCA